AUGUUAGCAGUGAUCGUAAACAAAGGUUCAACAAUGAAGAAUAAAAGGGUUGUUGAGAGGGAAUUCAAGAACGAGCAAAAGAAACUCUUAAUUCUCGACCUCGACCAGAAUUUUUCUCCAGAAUUAAACUUCAAAGAAAAUAAGCCGAAAGGCAGGAAAUCAUCAAAAUUGUACCCAGAUGUUGAAGAAGCAUGGGCAUUGGCGAUAUGGCAUGG